CAGAAGUGUCAGUGAGUUUGCGAGGCUGCGCUUCCAGUUCUACCGAGAGUCCUAGAAGUGAGGCUGCAGGUGGGGAAUCUCAUCAUUAGGUUGUGACCAAGUGAUUCGAUCCUCUAGGCAGCUUUUGAAGUCAAUCCGACCAAGUGUAAAGCACGGAUCUGGCACCUCGUACAGGUACAGAGUCCAUCAUGAACGACCUGAGCAUCGGCAACAAGAAGGGCAGCGACUGCUGCAUCUCCCGCCUCCUAAGUGUGGUGGAGAGUGAGCUCCAAGCAGGACGAGAGAAAGGGGACCCCACUGAGAAGCAACUCAAAGUCAGUUUGGAAGACGCCGAGCUCUGGAGAAAAUUCAAGGAGGUCACCAAUGAAAUGAUCGUUACCAAAAACGGAAGACGGAUGUUUCCAGUGUUGAAGAUCAGCGUUUCAGGCCUUGACCCUAAUGCCAUGUAUUCUUUCCUCCUGGACUUUGCACCAGCAGACAGCCAUCGCUGGAAGUAUGUCAAUGGGGAAUGGGUCCCAGCUGGCAAACCUGAUCCUCAGACUCACAGCUGUGUCUAUAUCCACCCUGAUUCCCCCAACUUUGGAGCCCACUGGAUGAAAGCACCAGUGUCAUUCAGCAAAGUCAAGCUAACAAACAAGCUCAAUGGAGGAGGACAGAUCAUGCUGAAUUCCCUGCAUAAAUAUGAGCCUCAGAUCCACAUUGUGAGAGUUGGAGGAAGUCAUAAAAUGGUCACCAACCUGUCAUUUCCAGAAACCCAGUUUAUUGCAGUCACAGCAUACCAAAAUGAAGAGAUUACAGCCCUGAAGAUCAAGUAUAAUCCUUUUGCAAAAGCAUUCCUGGAUGCAAAAGAAAGAAAUCAUCCCAAAGACAUCUUGGAAACCCCUACUGACAAUCAGCACAUGGGCAUUUCCCAUUUAGGUGGUUGGCUGAUCUCCAACUCUGACGCUUUGUGUGCUCCUGGAAGCCCUGGAUACCAGUAUAGCAGUCCCCUGACACUGCCAUCCAGGCACUCUCACCACAGCUAUGAACGGUACCCACCGCUGCGCACCCAUCGCUCUGGCCCCUAUCCAACAUCCUAUAUCCACCACAACCACUCCCCAGCACUGACACUGACAGAAUCCACCUCAAACAGCCUACAAGUUUUCACUGGGCAUGACAACUGGACGACCCUGACACCCCCUCCUCAUGCCAGUAUGUUACCAGUCACACCUAGUGCUAGUGGAGGCUCAAACAGCAGCCAGUAUCCAUGCCUCUGGACAGUCAGCAACUGCACAGUGAAUGGCUCUAAUUCAGCUAGCACCCUGGCCGGGUGUUCUCAGAACCAGAUGCUACGUGGCUCAGGAAGCCCCACUUCCUCAACCUCAUCCAUUGUUCUCCAGGGAUCCAAUACAGCUGCCUUGGAAGCACCAGAAGAGCACUCUCAUAUUAGACUGGCCAGUUCCACUUGGACUUCUGUACCUUCCCACUCAUUUUGAAAGGCAGGGCAUUCCAAAUGGGGGAAAAGUUUCAGUGGCAACCAGGGAGAGGAUAAGCCCUUUUGUUUGGCUGCACACUGGUAGCCAUAGAGAACAAGAGACAGAUGUGAUGGGGCGGUGUUCAUUUUUCUUUCUAGUUGUUAACUAUUUUGAGUGAUUGUUAGACUACCAGCUGUCACCAUUUUACAAAAUUCCUUUUCUGGUAUAAAUACUUGGUACAGAUUGGUGUUAAAUUUUGCAAAGAUGUUCAUGGGGAAACAACAUUCCCUUCUGGAGCAAUGUAUCUAUGAGAGCAUAAUGAAUCAGUGGAUGUAGCUGUACUUGAUACCUACCUAAGUAUUCCAUUGAUCCAUAGUGUAUGUUGACCAGCUUGAGAAUGCUUCACGAUGGAGUGUUUGUAAAGGAAAUGGCUCAAAGCAAGUACGUCUGAACCUUUGUCACUGAGAGAAAUGAUAAAACUGUCCAGAUGAUUCAACCACUCUGGUCAGGGAAUUCUACCUUCCACACAAGGCAUUGAGGUGCAUUCCUGGCACCGCACACUUUCAGCAUCAUGGUUUAGCUGGCUAAUUGCAGAGAGCUGAGAUCUUUGUGUAUGCUCCAUGGAGGACAGUGAGCAAUGAGGCCUGGGAAUGAAGCUGAAAACAAUUGAUUGAACUGCAAUUAUCUUCAAGCAGCUUCUCCCAAUAUUUAUGCUUUGACUCCUUCAGGCUUUACCUUUGGUGAAAGACAAAUCCAGACAAAGAGAGAUCUGCGGCACACUUCUUUUAUGGGAUUGUUCUCCCCCUCCAAGUGCCUCUGUAACUGUAUGAAGACAUUCCCAACACUGUGUCAUGCUAAAUGGUAUAUGAAGUACAUACAUGGUUACCAACUUGCAGGUGCCUGGUCUCUCGUCUAGUGUUGUUUCCUUUCUGUGUGCACGCACGCUUGCUCUAGUUUCCUCAGCAACUUCCCUUUUUUUUUUAGCUCCUGCCCUAAAAGCAAUGUGAAUAAAUGUGUUCUUUUCCUUAAAUUUGACAGUAAUAUGGAUUUUGCUAUGUGGUUUCUGUACAAGUAUGAAUAUUGAAAAUUUUAUUUGUGCUUUUGAACUGUAUUUGCUACAGAGAACAGUGAGUUUUAUUAAAAAGCAAUAAAUGGGUCAUAGGAAAUGUGUUACCUCUUCAUGUACUUUCUUGAAGUGAGAGACAUUUUUUUCAGCAGUUCUUGCUUUUAAAACAGGAUGCUGGGGAGU